CAGCCGCACAUCGUCGUCUUCGUGGCCGACGACCUGGGUUUCAACGAUGUCAGUUUUCAUGGCUCCAACCAAAUACCAACUCCAAAUAUUGAUGCACUGGCUUACAGUGGUAUAAUACUCAACCGCCACUAUGUCCAGCCCGUCUGCACGCCCACUAGAGCUGCUCUCAUGACUGCGAAGUACCCAAUUAGAAUGGGGCUGCAGGGGACCCCGCUGAUCCCCGGCGAGCUGCGCGCCAUGCCGCCGGGCAAGAUCUUGCCGGAGUACAUGCGCGAGCUGGGCUACGCCACGCACGCCGUCGGCAAGUGGCACCUGGGCUUCUACGAGGCCGACAUGACUCCCACGUACCGCGGCUUCGACUCGCACGUGGGAUACUGGAACGGCCUCAUCAGCUACUACGACCACGUCAUGGGCAUCUCGGGGCGCUACGCCACCGACGUGUUCACGGAGCGCGCGGAGCAGGUGGUCGCCGACCACGACCCGCGCCGCCCGCUCUUCCUGUACGUGGCGCACCUGGCGGUGCACGCGGGCAACAACGGCCAGCUGGUGGAAGCCCCGCGGCCCAUCGCCGACCGCUUCCGCUUCAUCGACGACCCCAACCGCCGCAUGUACGCA